GCACCAAGUAUAGAUGAAAAAGUAGAUCUUCACUUUAUUGCAUUAGUUAACGUAGGUGGUCAUCUCUAUGAAUUGGAUGGGCGCAAGCCGUUUCCGAUAAACCAUGGGGAAACAACUGACGAUUCUUUUUUAGAGGAUGCAAUAGAAGUUUGCAAGAAAUUCAUGGAACGUGACCCAGAAGAAUUAAGAUUUAAUGCAAUUGCACUGUCUGCAGCUUAAAAGCCUUUUCCAGUGGGGCUAAUCUAUUGCAAUGUAUUGUAACAAUAAAACUGUUGCCAUCUGUUAAUAGUACAAAUUUUGAUACUUCCCUAACGUGCCGAUUAAUUGUAGCAUACGUGGAAUAAACUUUGCAUUUGUCCUUGCUAUAUUUUGCUGCUUGUUCCUAAAGCAACUUUGGGUAUUUAAAUACACGCAUGCAUUUUGUGCAAGACUUCUGUGUGGUGGGUUUUUCCCCUUCCACCCCCCUUAAAAGUUUUGGGAAUUAUUGUCUGUGAUAUUUCAUCAAAAUAAUGAUGAGCUAGUUCAGAGCAGGAUUAUCAUUUGUAUCGUUCACAGGUAACAUUUUGAGUGGAAUAUGUGGUAUGUUAAUGGACAAAAACAUGAAAUAUGAGGCUAUCUCCAUCUUUUAAUUACAAUGAUACAAGGAUAUCUUAAAAACUUUUACAGGUGACUCGAAAGACAAGGCAUUUUUUUCAGUGCAUUAUUUAUAAAUAAAUAUAUGGAAGAAAAAAGGCAGAAAAAGGACUGUUUCUUCUUACUGUUGGAUGAGCACAAACGUUUUAAAAUUAUCUCGACCUUUACAUUUUGAAUAAAACUUAAUUUUGUUUCUCAAGACUAAUAGCAUUAAUAAAUUGUCAAAAAA